AUGUCUAUAUUCGUCGUUGCUCUUUCUGACGUGGAAGAUCAGAGUGAGACGUUAUUAUUUGAUGACGAGGAAAUUGAUGAUGCCAUGCGAGAUACGAUGUCUCUCGAGGAUGAUGGACUUGCUUCAUUACGUGGGGUGGGGCGUUUAUUGUACCAAAAGGCUAGCCCACAUCAAGCCAUGACGUGUAAUAAGUAUCCUAGGGUUUGUCGGACGAAAGGGAGUCAAGGACCGGAUUGUUGCAAGAAGAAGUGUGUGAAUACAAACACAGAUAGACUCAAUUGCGGAAUGUGUGGGAAGAAGUGCAAGUACCCGGAGAUUUGUUGCAAUGGGAAGUGUGUGAAUCCUUUGAAUGACCGAAAUAAUUGUGGUGGAUGCAAGAAGAAGUGCAAGAAAGGGUUUAAAUGUGGCUAUGGAAUGUGCAACUAUGCAUAG